AUGCCCAACACAAACGAAAGCUCACAUUCCGGCACGACUACGACGGCGGCGGCGGCAGCAGCAGCGGCGGCAGCGAACGCCGGUGACGAUCUCGGCAGCACGGACGAGGUGAAAGUGUUCAAGGACGAGGGCGACCGGGAGGAUGAGAAGGCUUCGUCAGAGAACCUGCUGGAGGAGAAGUUUAACCUGAUCGAUCUGACCGAAAGUGCGGAAAACCUGGUAAAGAACUCGUCCGCCCGGCAGGACCUUAGCCCCACGUAUGUGCCCGCCAGCCGCUCCGAACCGACCCCGAACAGUAGUGGGGCGAGUGGUGGUGGUGGUGGGGGUGGAAGCGGAAGCGCAGGUACCAGCAGUGCCGGGAAGCUCAACUCACCCGACCAUUCGCCCGGUUUCAGCGGGAUGGGUUAUCUGCCACCGUACCAGUACUCGAGCGGGACGGCCAGCGCACUCCAGGCGGCCGGUUCGAUGGGCAAAGGUGCGCUCGGGUUGUCGCAGUUCUUCUGCAACGAGGAUGUGCUUUCCAAUCCACCGCCCGCACACUGUGGCAUCUUGCCGUACCAGCUCGAUUCGAAAGCGAUCGGUCUGUCCGCGAGACAGUCGCUCUAUUCGUUCUCCACCAGCCAGUACCCGUACCCGUCGAUUCUCUCCUCCAACAUGUUACCGGUCCCACCGUCAUGGCAUACACCCUCCAUGUACUCCACCGCGCCCAGCUUCCGCAAUACGUACCCCUCCUCGUUACAGAUCUACACCACGCUGGCCAGCGAUCUGUACUCGCGCUACCAAUCCUCCCAGUCGCUGCUUAACUCGGUCCACUCGCACAACGUGCUCAACCAGAGUCUGCAGCAGGUGAAGCAGGAAUCGGGCGUGAGCUUACUGGGGGCGGGUGGAAACGGUAUCGGGCCAGAGCUUGGGAUCGGGCACAACUACAGCGUACGGCAACAUGUGCUCAGCCCGGGCAGUAAAUCGGCGGUAGUGGAUCUACCGCAGGAGUUGACGAAUCGCUUCGGCCGAGCACAGAGUGUCGGUAGCACUGGGAGUGGAGGUGGUGGUGGUGGUGGUGGUGGUGGAGGCGGUGGUAGUGGCAUUGGCAGUGGGGCAAGCAGUGGCGGCAGCAGCGGUAGUGGAACGGCCAGCGGAGGGUCGAAGAAGAAGUGCGCCUCCGAGCGAUCGCACCAGCAACAGCAAGCGCAACAACAGAACCAGCAGCAGCAACAACCAAACCGGCCCCAUAUCAAGAAGCCCCUGAAUGCAUUCAUGUUAUACAUGAAGGAGAUGCGCGCGAAGGUGGUGGCCGAAUGCACGCUGAAGGAGUCGGCCGCCAUCAACCAAAUCCUCGGCCGCAAGUGGCACUCCUUGUCACGGGACGAACAGAGCGUGUACUACGACAAGGCGCGCCAGGAGCGGCAACUACACAUGGAAAUGUAUCCUGGCUGGACGGCCCGGGAUAACUAUGGCUAUGGGUCGAAAAAGAAGCGGAAAGCGAAAAAGAAGGACCAGCUCGGCAGUGAACCUCCCAGCAGGCUCAUCAAAAACGAAACGGGUCGUGCCAUUUUGCGAGUUAUAUCCGGACCAAGGGCCUUCAAAAUCGUGCUGUUCGCUCGCCUAACACCGAUACCGUUCGGUCUGCAAAACACCAUAUUCGGCAUAAGCUCCGUAAACACGCGGAGCUACCAUGCCGGGACGGUAAUAGGACUGCUCCCAGCGCAAACCAUCAAUGUGUAUCUUGGCUCGAAGUUGCGCUCAAUUCACGAGGUACUAAACGAUCACAAUGCAGCGCUGGGUCUGGCAGGAUACGGUGUAUUUGUAGUGGAGGUUAUUGUUGGCGCCGCUCUUAUGAUUUGGGUAGUACAGAAGGCCCGGAUGGAACUGUCAGCAGCGCUUCUUGCAACGGCCUCCGAUUCAAAUUCGGACGAAAAGAUAUUGAUCGAAAUUGAGGCAUAG